AUGAUCGAUUGCAUAGAAUCAAUUCUACCACCAUCCCAUCGUAUUCAGUGGCAUUGUGUAAAACCAGACAGUAAUUUGGAAGUAAUUGAUCGUUUUAUCUCGAUCUUCCCCAACUCCGUCGUGUCUUUGAAUGGAGCGAGUACACACAUUCGAGAUAUAGAUCAAUACAAAGUAUUGAGAAAAUGGAUCCGAAAUCAUCCCACACUUCUAAAACAUCUUGUUUUAGAGACCGAUUGCCCAUGGCUUUGUCCAAAAAAUCUUCCUGUACAUGAAUUUAAUCCAUGUACUGGCAUAUUUAUCGUUUCAAAAUGGCUAGAAGAUGUUCUUCGAGCACCAGGAAAAAAUGCAUCAGCCAUAAUUCGUAUUGCCAAUGACAACGCAAAACGGAUGUUUAGUUUGCCCAUAUAG